AUGGUGCUGGGGGAGUGGGGCUGGGCUGACCGCACUGUCAUCACUGGCAACGCCACUGUGGCUCAUGGCUCAUCGACCUCCGACUCUGCCACACUAGCUCUUGCGGUGGACAGGGGACCGUUCAUGGCAGUAGGGAUAUGCAUUGAGAACACAGCAGGGCCACGUGGCAAGCAGGCAGUGGCUCUCGAGAUCUCCGCCGACCGCUCCGCCGUCUACGACUCUGCAAUCACGGGCCACCAGGACACGCUCUGUGUGGACGCCGGGCGGCAGUACUACAAAAACUGUUACAUCUCGGGGUUCACGGAUUUCAUCUCUGGAGAUGCCGCGGUUCUGAUUGACCAAUCGACGGUGGAGAUGCGCUCGGGGAAAUCGACAGCUGUGAUCACGGCAUCCGGGAGGGAAACUAAUACCCCCACGGGGAUUGUGAUUCGCGGGUGUAAUGUGACGGCGGGGGAUGGGGUGAAGGAGGGCUCGUUUGGGCGGCCGUGGAAGAAUUGUUCGCGGGUCGUGAUGAUCGGCAAUUACCUUCCAAAGGUGAGCACCAACCCAUGA